AUGGAUACAAACAUCGUAAAUUGUGAAACAAUUUUGACUUUAUUUCCUGAGUCAACAAUUGUUAUUCUACCCAAAGGUCCUAUUACUAAGUCCAAUGUAGAGGAAGUUAGGUCUUCGAACAUCCAUGCGAUCUUAUCUAAUAAGGAGUCAAAUGUUAACAUGGGUAGGAAUCCUUCGACUUCUAUUCCAGAUUCUUCAAUUGUUCUACCACUACCUUCAUCACAACAACCAACUUUGAUAAUUCUUCAUACAACAAUUCCUCUUAAUUCUCCUACUUUUAAAGGUAUCUUGACACAACACAUUGUUGCGUUAUUCUCUUCUCAAUCUAUUGAUCAGGAUAUCAUGAAUAUUGAGGAAGAUGAAAGGAUUGAGUUUGCUGAAUUGGAUUCUGGUCCUGAAGAAGAAGAUGUUGAAGAUCAUGCAAUCAUGUUUAGGAAGCAAUAA